AUGGCCCGGCGAUGGAUGGUACAUGCCGGCGAGCGGAUGGCGUCAUUUUCGGGGGAGGCCAUGGACAUAUUGGAGUCUCCCAAUGACGUCUCACAGGAGCAGGUUGUGUGGGUGACUCACGACGAAUCCACCUUCUACGCCAACGACGACGGGGGAAUGGUUUGGACGAAUACGGCCCAUCUAGAUCUCACCAAAAGGGGACGUGGGCGCUCAUUUAUGGUGUCUGACUUUCUUUGCCCAUGUCAUGGCCGCCUGUUUAUGCUGGGAGAAUCUGAACCAUUGUUUGUCACAGAGGAUCUGCAUGUUGGCAAGGCCCAGGAGGGCUACUGGACCAGUGAGCAUGUGACCAAGCAGGUAACGCAAAGGGUUCUUCCUGCGGUUGCGGCUUUGCACCCCGGAUGCACCGCGUUGUUCACGUUUGACCAAUCAACCAACCACGCAGCUUACGCUGCCGAUGCUCUCCGAACGUCCAGCAUGAAUCUCAAUCCGGGGGUCAAGCAGCCAAGGCUCCGUGACGGUUGGCACGGAUCUUCGCAGAUUGCUCAAGCAAUAACAUGCCCAGAAGACCAUCCUGACCAGUCUUUACGUGGGCUCACCAAAGGAGUCAGGAGUGUGUUGAUUGAACGCGGAGCAUGGGAUAAUGCCAUGCUACUGACGUGCGGUAAUGUGGUGUCGAUGCCACCCUUCCCUGAGGAACUCAACCCGAUGGAGUCGUAUUGGGGUGCGGCAAAGCGCCACGCACGAUCCAACUGCAACUACACGUGGAUUGGGCUCGUUCAAUGUGUUCCGCGAAGCCUUGAAAGUGUUUCCGUGGUCUCGAUUCGGAAAUUCUUUCGUCGGUGUUCACACCUCAUUCAAGCCUACAGCUACGGCCUUGACUACAACAUGUCCAAGUAUGCCCACAAGCAGUGCAAGAGCCACCGACGCACCCCACAAGGUGUAACCGUAGCGAUCGACUUGGAUUAG